GUGCUGAUUUUGGUGUUCUUCUUUCUUCAGGAUGGAUGGGAACGACAAUCACUGGGACCAUUUACCAUUGAAAAGAAAACUGGACCAGUGAACUACAAACUCAAGCUGCCAGAAAGCAUGAAGAUACAUCCAAUUUUCCAUAUUUCAUUGCUGGAACAAGCACCAGAAAAUGCCAAGGAACCUGGAAACAUCGAACUCGACGAUACCACAGAAGAAGAAUAUAAGGUUGAAAAAAUUCUGGCAAAGAGAAAAGUCAACAGUCAAACUCAAUACUUGAUUAAAUGGAAGGGAUAUGAUACCUCAGAAAACACUUGGGAACCAAUCAAGAACUUGACAAAUUGCCAUGAGAAGAUUCGAGAAUUUCAUCAACAGCGACAAGCUCAGAUGGACCCGGAGACCAGUGAAGAAUCUCACUCAUCUGACUCUCAGAUAAAUUGGGGAGCUCAGAAGAGGCAGUUAAAGAAACAGAAUGUUCAGAAGCGGAGCUCUUGA